ACCACGUGACCAAUCAUGGAGAAUCAACGACAGCAAGAUCUCGUCACUGUGUUGCAAUUCCUGGAGAGAAACAACAUGAAGGCAACUGCUGACAUGUUGAAGCAAGAAGCAAGUUUUAGUGGAGAAGCUCUGGAUGAACAGAUGAACACAUCUGGUGGUAUUGCUAGCGUGUUGACGAGAACUGAAGAUUUGACACAAUACACAACAUCAUAUACAAGUCUGCAGACGUUUAUUAAUAAAUCUUUAGAUAUGUACAAGUGCGAAAUGUCUCAAGUUCUUUGGCCUUUGUUUGUAUAUCUGUAUUUGGAUCUCAUGGGCAGAGGAUGUUAUAAAGAUGCCAAGCAGUUUUACGAUCGCUUUUCAACUGAACAAGAUGCGUAUCGAGAUGUGGAACUACGAAGUUUGGCUAUUGUGGAGACAACAGAACAUAUUCAGACUGUAGAAAUAGCAAGGAUGUUUAGAUUAAAGAAGUAUGUUGUACGGAUGUCAAGAGAAGCUUGUCAAUGUUUACUGAGACAUCUCCAGGAAAGUGAUCAAAGUUUGUUGCUCAAUGUAAUGAACACAUACAUAUCCGUUGAUUUGUAUGAUGGCAUGCCAAGGACUGCAACAGAAUUACAAGCUGUAGCAGGUGGUAUUGGAGGGGAGGGUGUCACUGCGGUGAAUAAGAUGAAGGUCUUUUAUGGUGUUCGUAAGGAUCCUGAGCUGCUGAUGGCAGCUGCUGCUGAUCAGGAGGAAGAAGAACUUGGUGAAGAUGGCAAGACGAAGAAAAAGAAGCCGAAGAAAGAUACUGCAGGCAAGAAAGGAAAACCAACCUCUAGCACUAAUGCCCCACCAGCCACUCGUGUUCCAUUCCCCGACUUAAAAAAUCACGAAAAAGAAUUGAAAAUCCAAGCUCUGCGAGAGACAGCAAAGAAAGCUAAAUUAGACAGGGAACACUUGCCUUCGAUUUACUUCUAUACGUUUCUAAAUACACAUGGAGGGUUGAAUUGUGUUAAUGUAUCUGAUGAUUCAGCAGUUGUGAGUACUGGGUAUGCAAACUCGUCGAUUCUGUUGCGAUCUCUUACGCCACAAAAGCUGAAGUUGCUGAAACCGCCAUUUGAGUUGGACAAAAUUGAUUUAGAGUCUAAUAAUUUAAUGGAGAAGUUGCUUGAUGACAGUUCUGGUCGAGAUCAACGAACUCUCAUUGGUCACAGCGGGCCUGUCUACUCAACAAGCUUUAGUCCAGAUCGAAGUCUCUUAGUCUCAGCAUCAGAGGACGGAACGGCUCGCUUGUGGAGUCUUCACACGUACAGUAAUGUGGUUGUGUAUAAGGGACACAACUGUCCAGUCUGGGAUGUGGACUUUGGACCUCGAGGGUAUUACUUUGCGACUGCCGCGUAUGAUCACACGGCUCGUCUCUGGGCAACCGAUAACGUUCAACCAUUGCGGCUGUUUAUUGAUCGACUGCUGGAUGUAAAUAGUGUGCGUUUUCAUCCAAACGGCAACUACAUAGCAACCGCGUCCUCAGAUCGCACUUGCCACUUGUGGGACAUCACAUCAGGCCAGUGCGUCCGCUUCUUUACAGGACACAAAAAGGAGAUUUUAUCACUCGAUUUUUCACCUGACGGACGAUUUCUUGCCAGCGGUGGAGCAGAUCGUCAAGUGCUGUUGUGGGAUAUUGCCGACGGUCGUCUUGUUAAAGAUCUUUCUGGUCACCGUGGUGAUGUACAUAGCGUCUGUUUUAGCAGGGAAGGAGAGGUUCUAACAUCAGGCUGCAGUGGUGGACUGGUGAAAGUGUGGGAUGGGAAAUUAUGGCAAGACAUGUUGAAGGAGGAAACACUUGAGCCAAGAAUUGAUGCUCCAUUGGAUGCUUUUGGUGUAUAUGCCACGAAGUCAACGCCCGUUCGUCGAUUACAUUUUACCUACAGAAAUCUGCUGCUAGGAUUUGGACCUUAUGAGGGAACUAAGAGUGCAAAGUAGAGAUACGAAACUUUUGUUGUUUAUAGAGAAUGCAGACGACGUUGGCUGCGGUGUAGGGUAACUGGUUGUAUAUUAGAUAAUGGUGAUGAUGAUUGUGACUUCUUGUUUAUUGGUAAGUAGGUAUAA